AUGUCAUUUUAUCCAGGAUUCUACCCACAAUACACACAACCCCUUGCAGCCUCCUUUGCAGCCCCUCUUGCUUAUCCUUAAGCCUCAAUUGUUAGACCUGUUGCCACAACUCCCAUUUACACAGCUCCUGCCCCUAUUUAUACAGCCCCAGCCCCAGUUGUCACUCAAUCAGUUGUCUAGCCAGUAGUUCAAUCAGUUGUGCAACCAGUUGUUGCAGCUCAACCAGCAAUCAAGGGAGAAUCCAGAGUUGAAUAUAGAGAGUAUUAGAGACCAGUCGUUGAAUACGAGACUGAGACUAUUGAAGUUAAAAAGCCUGUGACAAAAUAUGUUACAGACUAUUACCCUGUUGAAUAUUAAACAGACUACAUCCCAAGAACAGUCUACGAAACAUAAACAGAAUAUGUACCUGUAUAAAAAACAAUUCCAAGAGGAAGUCUAAAGAGUUCCUGCUGCCCCCUUCAAUAUGCUCCUGCUCCUUUAACUUAUUCAGUUGUUCAACCAGUACCUUAAGUUGUCACCCAACCUGUAGCAUCAUAUGGCACUCCAUUAACAUAUUCUACAGUGAGACCUGCAUAUUAUGGUGGAUACCCAUAUUAUUAUUGAUUUGGAAAGAAUUUUAUAUAAAAAUCCAAUUUAUAAAUAAUAUUUUCUUUA